UCCUCUGCCGUUGCGCGCCGCCUAACCCUGCUCGUUGGUCGCCGCGUCCUUGGCUGGCGUAAAAAUGGCCACAAACUUCCUCGUGCAUGAGAAGAUCUGGUUUGACAAGUUCAAAUAUGACGAUGCAGAAAGGAAGUUCUACGAGCAGAUGAACGGGCCCAUGGCUGGCUCCUCACGCCAGGAGAAUGGCGCCAGUGUGAUCCUCCGUGACAUUGCGAGAGCCAGAGAAAACAUCCAGAAGUCUCUGGCUGGAAGUGCAGGCCCCGGGGCCUCCAGCGGGCCCAGUGGAGACCACAGUGAGCUGGUCACCCGGAUUGCCAGCCUGGAAGUAGAGAACCAGAGCCUGCGAGGGGUGGUGCAGGAUCUGCAGCAAGCUGUCUCCAAGCUGGAGGCACGGCUGAGUGCCCUGGAGAAGAGCUCGCCUGCCCACCGGGCCACCACUCCACAGACCCAGCACGUGUCUCCCAUGCGCCAAGUGGAGCCACCCAGCAGGAAGGCGGCCACCGCCACGGAGGACGAUGAGGAUGACGACAUUGACCUGUUCGGUAGCGACGAGGAGGAGGACAAGGAGGCUGCCAGGCUGCGUGAGGAGAGGCUGCGGCAGUACGCAGAGAAGAAGGCCAAGAAGCCUGCCCUGGUGGCCAAGUCCUCCAUCCUACUGGACGUGAAGCCUUGGGAUGACGAGACGGAUAUGGCCCAACUGGAGGCCUGCGUGCGCUCCGUCCAGCUGGACGGGUUGGUCUGGGGGAGCUCCAAGCUGCUGCCUGUGGGCUACGGCAUCCGAAAGCUGCAGAUCCAGUGUGUGGUGGAGGACGACAAGGUGGGGACAGACCAGCUGGAAGAGGAGAUCACCAAGUUCGAGGAGCACGUGCAGAGUGUCGACAUUGCUGCUUUCAACAAGAUCUGAGCCCUGGCCUGAGCCUGUGCAGCCUUGCAGCCAAUAAAGACAGAUAGAUUCCAAAAAAAAAAAAAAAAAAAC